CUUACUCUCUUAUUGUUAGUUUUAAAUUAUGGCAAUUAAUAUGAGCUUAGUAAUGGUCUAAUCAAGGUAGAUCUUGCACCUUGCCUCUUCUUCCCCACUUUCCUAUACCGUUUUUACCUGCAGAUUUGCAUGUUUGACCUAGCAGAAUAAUUGGGUCCACAGCAACAUGGGCGUGCCUCCCUUAGAAACACUUGGUUUCAUGUAUGACUCAUAAGCUGAAGCACAGACACCACUUCCCCAAUCUACAGGAGCCAUUUUAACAGCUAAAACUUGUCGGAUUGCUUUUUAUUUUCAAGCCCAAAAGACGAUAGAGAAAGAAUACUUGAAGGCCAAGAAGCUUGAGAGAAGAAAAAUUUCAGGAAAAUUGUCUCAAUUUGACUAGAAUAUCAACAAACCAGGAAAAUUGAAGCACCUUCCCUGAAGAAAACUUGGGUGUACAGUAACUCCACAGACAGAGCUGAGGGUUUUUUACCCAAAUCAGUCACUGGAUUUUGCUGCCUGAUACAGGAAUCUGUUUGGAAUUUUUCUCAUGUGGAUCUAAGGGGAAUGCUUUAUUAUGGCCGCUGUUGUCCAACAGAACGACCUAGUAUUUGAAUUUGCUAGUAACGUCAUGGAGGAUGAACGACAGCUUGGCGAUCCAGCUAUUUUUCCUGCUGUAAUUGUGGAACAUGUUCCUGGUGCUGAUAUUCUCAAUAGUUAUGCCGGUCUAGCCUGUGUGGAAGAGCCCAAUGACAUGAUUACUGAGAGUUCACUGGAUGUUGCUGAAGAGGAAAUCAUAGACGAUGAUGAUGAUGACAUCACCCUUACAGUUGAAGCUUCUUGUCAUGACGGGGAUGAAACAAUUGAAACUAUUGAGGCUGCUGAGGCACUCCUCAAUAUGGAUUCUCCUGGCCCUAUGCUGGAUGAAAAACGAAUAAAUAAUAAUAUAUUCAGUUCACCUGAAGAUGACAUGGUUGUUGCCCCAGUCACCCAUGUAUCCGUCACAUUAGAUGGGAUUCCUGAAGUGAUGGAAACACAGCAGGUGCAAGAAAAAUACGCAGACUCACCGGGAGCCUCAUCACCAGAACAGCCUAAGAGGAAAAAAGGGAGAAAAACGAAACCACCACGACCAGAUUCCCCAGCCACUACGCCAAACAUAUCUGUAAAGAAGAAAAACAAAGAUGGAAAGGGAAACACAAUUUAUCUUUGGGAGUUUUUACUGGCACUGCUCCAGGACAAGGCUACUUGUCCUAAAUACAUCAAGUGGACCCAGCGAGAGAAAGGCAUUUUUAAAUUGGUGGAUUCUAAAGCAGUGUCCAGGUUGUGGGGGAAGCACAAAAACAAACCUGACAUGAAUUAUGAGACCAUGGGAAGAGCACUCAGGUACUAUUACCAAAGGGGUAUUCUGGCAAAAGUGGAAGGUCAGCGCCUGGUGUAUCAGUUUAAAGAAAUGCCAAAAGAUCUUAUAUAUAUAAAUGAUGAGGAUCCAAGUUCCAGCAUAGAGUCUUCAGAUCCAUCACUAUCUUCAUCAGCCACUUCAAAUAGGAAUCAAGCCAGCCGGUCGAGAGUCUCUUCAAGUCCAGGGGUAAAAGGAGGAGCCACUACAGUUCUAAAACCAGGGAAUUCUAAAGCUGCAAAACCCAAAGAUCCUGUGGAAGUUGCACAGCCGUCGGAAGUUUUGAGGACAGUGCAGCCCACGCAGUCUCCAUAUCCUACCCAGCUCUUCCGGACUGUUCAUGUAGUACAGCCAGUACAGGCUGUCCCAGAGGGAGAAGCAGCUAGAACCAGUACCAUGCAGGAUGAAACAUUAAAUUCUUCUGUUCAGAGUAUUAGGACUAUACAGGCUCCAACCCAAGUUCCAGUGGUUGUGUCUCCUAGGAAUCAGCAGUUGCAUACAGUAACACUCCAAACAGUGCCACUCACAACAGUUAUAGCCAGCACAGAUCCAUCGGCAGGUACUGGAUCUCAGAAGUUUAUUUUGCAAGCCAUUCCAUCAUCACAGCCCAUGACAGUACUGAAAGAAAAUGUCAUGCUACAGUCACAAAAGGCAGGCUCUCCUCCUUCAAUUGUCUUGGGCCCUGCCCAGGUUCAGCAGGUCCUUACUAGCAAUGUUCAGACCAUUUGCAAUGGAACCGUCAGUGUGGCUUCCUCUCCAUCCUUCAAUGCUACUGCACCUGUGGUGACCUUUUCUCCUCGCAGUUCACAGCUGGUUGCUCACCCACCUGGCACUGUAAUCACUUCAGUUAUCAAAACUCAAGAAACAAAAACUCUUACACAGGAAGUAGAGAAAAAGGAAUCUGAAGAUCAUUUGAAAGAGAACACUGAGAAAACGGAGCAGCAGCCACAGCCUUAUGUGAUGGUAGUGUCCAGUUCCAAUGGAUUUACUUCUCAGGUAGCUAUGAAACAAAACGAACUGCUGGAACCCAACUCUUUUUAGUUAAUAUACCAAAGCUUAUGGAUGAUUGUUUGUUAAUUGAACAUUUUCAAUUAUAUGCAAACUGAUUGAUUCUAAGAUAAAGUCUAAGGAGGUUUCUAAUUUUGUAAUUGUUAAAGAUAGAGUUAAUUUUGAUUUUGUUAGAUGAGGGAGGAAAACUCAACUGUUUCUCUUUGUUAUCUAAAUGUUUCAGAAUUCAGUCGUGAAGGAACAGGCAUUUUACACUAUGAAGACAUGCUUUGGAGAUUCUUUUUUCAGUUGCUAUAUCAUAAGCAUUUUUAAAGUUCCUUUUCUAAUUUUACAUUGUAUUAGAUUUUCUGAUUCUUUUGUAAAUACAGAACUUAAAUAGAAGGCAACAGGAAAUUUAUAUAGGAACUAUUUUCAUUCCACUUGUAUAAGUUAAGUCUUGACUCUUUCAAAUGCAAAAAACCUAUUUUAUGCUUUGUUAAAAUUAUGGUGUCACUUAGAUUGACUUUAGCUGGCUGUACUAUAUAAUAUAGAACUAUGAAUAUGUAAAAUAACAUGAAAAAUUGGAGGUGCUGGUAGUGUGGCUGACCCUGUUUCAGAAACAGGAUAGUGUAAAAGCAUCAGCCUAAGAAUGGCACUCCCACUAACUCGCUAUGUAAUCUUGACCUCUUUGGGCUUUAGUUCUUCUCAUAAAAGGAAGAGAUGUGUUGGACUAGACUAGAUGAUCACCACUGUCUCUUCUAGUUCUAAUCUUUUUAAUUCUAAUACCUGUAUUUUCAAGUUAUGUCAAUUAAAUCAUUAUCAGGUUAUUUCCUAAUGUAAGAAUAGCUGAAAUGUUGCAGAGAAAUAAGUGACCCAACAAAAUUUAUUCAUCUGUGAUGGGUAAGAUUUGCCAUAAAUUCUUCCUAAAUAAUUUGUUUACUAACUCUUUAGGCCACUGUGCUUUGCAGUCCAUUAGUAAACCUGUGUUGCUAAGUGCUAAACAGAAUACUGCUAUUUUGAGAGAGUCAAGACUCUUUCUUAAGGGCCAAGAAAGCAACUUGAGCCUUGGGCUAAUCUGGCUGAGUAGUCAGUUAUAAAAGCGUAAUUGCUUUAUAUUUUGGAUCAUUUUUUAUUGGGGGUGGACUUGGGGGGUUGCAUACAAAGAUAACAUAUAUAUCCAAGUUUCUGAAAUGAAAUGUUUUUAGAUUACUUUUCAACUGUAAAUAAUGUACAUUUAAUGUCACAAAAAAAUUGUCUUCUGCAAAUUUUCUAGUAUAACAGAAAUUUUUGUAGAUGAAAUCAUUAUGUUUAGAGGUCUAAUGUUAUGUUUUCAUAUUACAGAGUGAAUUUGUAUUUAAACAAAAAUUUAAAUUUUGGAAUCCUCUAAACAAUUUUGUAUCUUUAAUUGGUUUAUUAUUAAAUAAAUCAUAUAAAAAUUCUCA